CAGUCAUUUCACUUUACAUAGUCGGGACGAGUACGACGGCGUUCCCUUUUCGUCGGUCGCGAUAACGUAAACAAAAUAUUUUAUUUUAUUAUUUUUAUCCGGCUUCCUGUAAAACAAAACCGAGUACCAUCAACUCGCAGCGUCUCUGUCAUUUGCACGUACCUGCAUCUCGCACGCCGGCUCAACAUCACACUCGAUCAUCACAUCAAGCAUCGUGCGGCGGCGGCGGCGGCUACAACUAUCACCACGACCACGGACUCCGGCACGACAAUAAUCACGACACACACACCGCGCACGCCGAAACAAUGACAGACAGUGACAAAUUGAACAUCGACAACAUAAUUUCGAGACUCUUGGAAGUGCGCGGUGCGAGACCAGGCAAGAACGUUCAACUCUCUGAAGGUGAAAUUCGGGGCCUGUGCCUCAAGUCCAGGGAGAUUUUCCUAUCGCAACCCAUACUAUUGGAACUCGAGGCACCGUUGAAAAUAUGUGGGGAUAUUCACGGUCAAUAUUAUGAUCUACUGCGUUUAUUUGAGUAUGGCAGUUUUCCCCCAGAGUCCAAUUACUUAUUUUUGGGUGAUUAUGUCGACCGUGGCAAACAGUCUCUGGAGACGAUUUGUCUGUUGUUGGCAUAUAAAAUAAAAUACCCCGAAAAUUUCUUCCUUUUACGUGGAAAUCAUGAAUGCGCUAGUAUAAACAGAAUAUAUGGAUUUUAUGAUGAAUGUAAACGGCGGUAUAAUAUAAAGCUCUGGAAAAUAUUUACGGAUUGUUUUAAUUGUUUGCCUGUGGCAGCAAUUGUUGACGAAAAAAUUUUUUGUUGUCAUGGUGGUCUUAGUCCUGACUUGCAAUCAAUGGAACAAAUUAGGCGAAUUAUGAGGCCAACAGAUGUUCCUGAUCAGGGACUAUUAUGCGACUUGCUCUGGUCUGAUCCUGAUAAAGAUACAAUGGGCUGGGGAGAAAAUGACAGAGGUGUUUCAUUUACAUUUGGUGCUGAGGUUGUGACUAAAUUUUUGCAUAAACAUGAUUUUGAUCUCAUAUGUAGAGCUCACCAGGUUGUAGAAGAUGGUUAUGAGUUCUUUGCAAAGCGUCAGUUGGUCACUUUAUUUUCAGCACCAAAUUAUUGUGGAGAGUUUGACAAUGCUGGAGCAAUGAUGUCUGUUGAUGAAACUCUAAUGUGCUCAUUCCAGAUCUUAAAGCCGGCCGACAAACGAAAGUACAUGUAUGGAGGAUUAUCAUCAGGCAGACCAGUUACACCACCCAGAGGAUCUGGUAAACAAGGAAAAAACAAAAAAUAACUCAUCUUGAUGCAAUAUAUAUUUCUAUAUCUAGGUAUGCAACAACAAAGUAUAAUUUUAAAAAUUAAAUGUUAUGUAAUAUGAAAACAAAUGAAAUUUUUUUAUAUAGAAAAAAAUUAUACCGAGUAACUAGUUUAAAUAAUAAUGUAUUUAUAUCAUUAAGUACUUUUAAACUCCAUCAUAACGUUAACGUAAAAUCUCAAGAUCGUUUUUAUUAACUUGUAAUUUGGAGUAUUUUUAAUUAUUUAAUAUUAUUGAUAUAUUGUAUUUGCACU